AUCCGCGACCUGGACCUGCCGACGUUCCUGCCGACGCCGCAGACAUCUGUGACGACCUGGAUCGCGCGCGUGGACAUGGCAUGGGAAGGCGCACGGCUGUCAGGACGAGGUGAAUGGACGGAUCAAGAACUCUAUUACAACUUAGGCAACAAGCUACAGGACAGCGCUACCCGCUGGUGGGUCCAGCUGGACCGGAAGCUACGCGAUCGAACCUGGACGAAGUUAAAGUCGAUGCCUGGUGAGACGUAUGCGGACUUCGCUGCUGCUCUCCGCGACCUGUGUGACAACAACCGCAUCCGAGAACGUGUGCUGCUUGCACAGUUCUACCGCAGCCUGGAUAGGACAACG